AUGGACGGCAUGAGUAUGGCCACCAGCACAACCGCCAUGUCUGCCACUGGCACCAUGACCGGUAUGGCUGCUGCCACUAGCACCAAGGCUGCCAUGUCUGGCAUGGGAAGCAGCGGUUGCAAGAUUUCUAUGCUGUGGAAUUGGAAUACUAUUGGGAGUUGCUACAUCGCUUCCUCGUGGAAGAUCACCUCCAACGGAAUGUUUGCCGGAUCUUGUAUUGGAGUCCUCCUCCUCACCAUGUCUCUCGAGAUGCUCCGCCGCGCUGUCAAGGAGUACGAUAGAUACCUGAUCCGCAACCACCAGGCUCGCUGGGCCGACGCCGGCUCCAGUGUUCCCAGCUCCGAGAACGCUGGUGACCAUACCAAGGGCGCAUCCACCACUGUUGCUGCUGCCAACGGGACCGGCAUCCCUCCCUUCCGACCCAACAUUCUCCAGCAAGCUAUCAGAGCUCUUCUCCACAUGGUCCAAUUUGCCGUUGCCUACUUCAUCAUGCUCCUCGCCAUGUACUACAACGGUUACAUCAUCAUCUGCAUCUUCCUCGGCUCCUACAUCGGUUCUUUCAUCUUCCAGUGGGAGACGCUCUACGACGGACCGACUUCUGCCGCCAAGGAGGCUACGGUGUGCUGCGGUUGA